CGGCCCUGCGUGCCGUACGCGCGUCCGGGGCGCGCCCGCCGCAUCCAGCUUCCCGGGCUGGGCCGUGCGCGGCUCGCGCGGGCUCACAAAGGGCUGCGGCGCCAGCCCCGCGCGCGGUCUCGGGCCCCGGCGGGCGGCUCCGCUCCCGGGCCAGAGUCCAGCCUCGCCAGCCUCCUGCAGGCAGGACCCCUCCAGCGGACGGCCGAGAUUCCUGAAAGACCCCAUCACCGGGAGGGGCUCUCCGGACGGUCCCAAACCACUCCUUCCGGUUCCCGUUUCUACCCGAGCAGAGUCAGGGGCCAGCCACAGGGACCUUUGGAGAGUCUCUGCCAGCACCUGGGCAGCCUUGCUGGUCGGCCGUGCAGCAGCGGGCGCUGAGCAGAGAAGCCAGCGACAGUCUCAGCAUCUCCUGAGCAUCGCGAGGGGCGACCAUGGCCUCCUGAGCGCCCACCAUGGCCAGCCGGAAGCGGCCGAGCGCGGCGGCGGGCGGCGUCAUGCUGGAGCACCGGGCGCGGCCGUGCGCGGGCCCCGAGGACGAGGAGCCCGCCGGGGAGCGGGCCCUGGACGCCGACUACUCGCCCCCGGGCCUGGCGCUGUCCAGCCUGCGGCCCGAGAGCCCCGCGGGGGCGGCCAGCCCCGACGAGGCGGGCGGCGCCGAGCAGAGCCCCGACGGCGGGGACUCGAGCUCCGACUACGUGAACAACACGUCGGACGAGGACGAGGAGGAGGAGGAGGAGGAGGACUACGACGAGGGCCUGCCCGAGGAGGAGGGGGUCACCUACUACAUCCGCUACUGCCCCGAGGAUGACAGCUACCUGGACGGCGCGGGCUGCGCGGCCCCGCUGGACACGGACGAGUGCCAGGAGGCGGUGGAGGAGUGGACGGACUCGGCGCCCGCCGGCGCGCGGCGGCCGCCCCUGGAGCCCGCGCCCGGCCCCGCGGCGCCCGGGCGGGACGACGAGGACGCGGCGCGCUCGGGCGCCAGCGACGACGGGGACCCCGACUUCUACCCCGCCGCCGAGGCCAACGGCAACGCGCCCGCCGGCCGCGACCCCGACGACCCCGAGGAGGACAUCGACCAGAUCGUGGCCGAGAUCAAGAUGAGCCUGAGCCUGAGCAGCAUCACCAGCGCCGGCGAGGCCAGCCCCGAGCGCCCGCGCGCCCGCGAGCACGCGCACGAGCACGCCCGCGAGCACGCGCGCGCCGACGCCCCCGGCGGCCGCGGCCCCGGCCGGCAGCAGCACGAGGCGCGGCCGCGGUCGCUGAACCUCCCCGCCGAGGCCAAGCACCAGGCCGAGCCCCAGAGAGGCUUCAAGGCCAAGAGCAGGACGCCCGAGGAGAGGCCCAAGUGGUCGCCCGAGCAGGUCUGCAACGGUCUGGAGCAGCCCCGGAAGCAGCAGCGCUCGGACCUCAAUGGCCGCGUGGACAAUAACAACAUUCCAGAGACCAAGAAGGCGGCUUCAUUUCCCAGUUUUGUGGCUGUUCCAGGGCCCUGUGAACCCGAGGAUCUCAUCGACGGCAUCAUCUUUGCGGCCAACUACUUGGGCUCGGCCCAGCUGCUGUCGGAGCGGAACCCGUCCAAGACCAUCCGGAUGACGCAGGCCCAGGAGGCCGUGAGCCGGGUCAAGAGGAUGCAGAAGGCGGCCAAGAUCAAGAAGAAGGCGAACUCGGAGGGGGACAGCCAGACGCUGACCGAGGUGGACCUCUUCAUCUCCACGCAGAGGAUCAAGGUGUUAAAUGCCGACACGCAGGAGACCAUGAUGGACCACGCCCUGCGCACCAUCUCCUACAUCGCCGACAUCGGCAACAUCGUGGUGCUCAUGGCCCGCCGCCGCAUGCCCCGCGCCGCCUCGCAGGACUGCAUCGAGACCACGCCUGGCGCGCAGGAGGGCAGGAAGCAGUACAAGAUGGUCUGCCACGUGUUCGAGUCUGAGGACGCCCAGCUCAUCGCCCAGUCCAUCGGCCAGGCUUUCAGCGUGGCCUACCAGGAGUUCCUGCGGGCCAACGGCAUCAACCCCGAGGACCUGAGCCAGAAGGAGUACAGUGACGUCAUCAGCACGCAGGACAUGUACAACGACGACCUCGUGCACUUCUCCAACUCUGACAAUUGCAAGGAGCUCCAGCUGCAGAAGCACAAGGGCGAGAUCCUGGGCGUGGUGCUGGUGGAGUCGGGCUGGGGCUCCAUCCUGCCCACCGUCAUCCUGGCCAACAUGAUGAACGGGGGCCCGGCCGCGCGCUCCGGCAAGCUCAGCAUCGGCGACCAGAUCAUGUCCAUCAACGGCACCAGCCUGGUGGGGCUGCCGCUGGGCACCUGCCAGGGCAUCGUCAAGGGGCUGAAGAACCAGACGCAGGUGAAGCUGAACAUCGUCAGCUGCCCGCCGGUCACCACAGUGCUCAUCAAGCGGCCCGACCUCAAGUACCAGCUGGGCUUCAGCGUGCAGAAUGGAAUCAUCUGCAGCCUCAUGCGCGGGGGCAUCGCCGAGCGAGGGGGCGUCCGCGUGGGCCAUCGAAUCAUCGAGAUCAACGGGCAGAGCGUGGUGGCCACUGCCCACGAGAAGAUCGUCCAGGCUCUUUCCAACUCAGUGGGAGAGAUCCACAUGAAGACCAUGCCAGCUGCCAUGUUCAGGCUCCUCACCGGCCAGGAGACCCCGCUGUACAUCUAGGGCCCCCCUGGGCCGAGGCGUGACCAGCGGACCCAGGACCUGACCCCAACCCCACCGCCCGCCCCAGGGACACCGGCCUCCCCGCAGGCCGAGCCCUCGACACCCACUUUCCUUUCCCGGUCCUGGGCAAGCGGGGGCGGGGGGGCAUGUGUCUGCGUGUCGUCGGGGCCGUGUCUGUGUGUCUGUGCGUGUGUCUCUGUCCACCCCGGAGCCGAGAGCCGAUGGGAGGGGGGCGGGCCUGCCCCCACCGCGGCUAUGAAGGGACCCGCAGGGACAGCGAGUGCCCGGGGCUGCCACAGCCGGGGGCCCGAACGCGGCAGGUGGAGGAUGGGGGCGCCCCGGCCAGCCGGCUCUCAGGACUGGACUUGUACCGCGGCCGCGUGGGGACGCGGGAUUGUACUCGCCUUCAAUAAAGGACGAUGCCACCAGA